AAUCAAAGCCACACACAGUACUGUUAAUGACAGGAUUCUUACAAGCACCACCGCUGCUGGAGAACAUUAGGUUUUAGUAGAUGGGGUGGUCUAACAUGUUAUUCUUAGCCAUUGUUCUAACCCUAUGGCUUUCUACUGCAAAAGGAGAAGAAAUGACAUGCAGUCCUCCUUCUAUUGAAAAUGGUGACUACAUACCACACAGGAUUAAACACAGAGCUGAUGAUGAAAUCAGCUACAGAUGUAAAGAUGGCUUCUAUCCUGCCACCCGGGAAACUGUUGUAAAGUGUACAAGUACUGGCUGGAUCCCUGCUCCGAGAUGUAUCUUGAAACCUUGUGAUUUUCCACAAAUCAACAAUGGAGGUCUAGUUUAUAAAGAAAUGUUCAGACCCUACUUCCCAGUAGCUAUUGGAAAACAUUACAUUUAUUAUUGCAACAGAGGAUUUGUCACUCCUUCAAACAGACGUUGGCACAGCAUUCGCUGCACCACACAAGGGUGGAAGCCUGCAGUCCCAUGCCGCAAAAUAUGUUCAAAGAAUAUAGAGCUUGAGAAUGGGUUUCUUUCUGAAACUCAUUAUAUAUAUUCAUUAAAUAAAACAACACAGUAUAGGUGUAAACCAGGAUAUGUAACAUCAAAUGGAAAAAUGUCAGGAUCAAUUACCUGCCUACAGAACGGAUGGUCCCCUCAACCCUCGUGCAUUAAGUCUUGUGAUAGGCCUGUAUUUGAGAAUGCUGGAACUGAAAAUAAUAGCACAUUGUUUAAACUCAAUGAUGAAUUGGACUAUGAAUGCGAUGUUGGAUAUGUAAACAAACAUAACCGUACCAGAGACUCCAUAAUAUGUAAUGAUGAUGGAUGGUCUGCUGUUCCCUCAUGUCACGAUUCAACAAAGACAUGCGGGCCUCCUCCACCUAUUGACAAUGGAGACAUCACCUCCUUCCCCUUACCAGUAUAUGCACCAUUAUCUUCAGUUGAAUAUCAGUGCCAGUCCUUGUACCAACUGCAGGGAAACAAGAAAAUAACAUGUAGAAAUGGAGAGUGGUCGGAGAAGCCAAAGUGUUUGGAUCCAUGCAUAGUAUCAGAAGAAAUUAUGAAAAAACAUAACAUAAUUUUCCGAUGGAAAGAAAAACAAAAGCGGUAUUACAAAUCAGGGGAGAUGCAAGAGUUUAAGUGUAAAAGUGGAUAUCACCGGGCAACAUCUCAACGACUCCAGACAUUUUGCAUCGAAGGUCACAUCAAUUAUCCCACGUGCACAAAAUCACAGUAAAAGCGUUAGUAGAAUUUAGUCACAUGCCUUUGCUCAGUUAAGGUGCGUGCAUAUUAUCAAUAGUUUUAAUUUUACUUUUGAAGUAUUGCUUAACUAAAUUUUAUCCAUUAAGUAUAAACUUGUAUUAUUAUAUUGUGAUUAAUCUGGCAGCAGAGAGUGCUGACACAAGGCAAAAGCAGUUUAUUCAAAGUUCCCAGAACACGAUGCAUCUCAGAACAGAUGCAAUUGCUCCCCCAUCUUUCUCUAUCCACCACUUUCCCAAAGCUUCUUCUAUACUUUCUUAUAUACAGUUCUGAUUCACAGUGAACACGGUAGUGU